AUGUCAAAAAAGACCUUUUCAACUCGCGCGGCUCUGUUCGCCUCACCAGUCACCUCGGGAGCUCCCAAGAAGUCAACUUUCGCUUCUCGCGCUGCAGUUUUCGCAUCUCCAGGGGAUGCGGUUCCAAAAAAGAAGGUUGCAAGAGAAAAACCGUUAUCCGCGCCAGUUUUUGAGAUGGAUAAUGAUCCAGAAGACGUGCCAGCAGCUCCAGGAUCUCCAAAGACCCCAGAAGCUGUUGAAGACGUUCCAGAAGAUUCAGAAGACGUUCUAGAUGACGAAGAGCCAAUGGACGUCGAUACUUCUAACAUGCCAUCGCCACAGAAGGCGACACCACGUCGUCAGGCUCCUGCCACGUCGGCAGCACAGCGCUCACCAUCACCGCCACGUGGCGAUACUCCAUGCUCGAAAUCUACGACUCCUCGCCGAAAAUCAGGUCGCAAAUCGAUGCCAACACCUGGGAAACGUCUAUUUUUCACUAGCAAGGAUAACGAGGACGAGGCACGGAAAACUGAUGAAUCCACACAGCUGGAACUUCUGAUGGCGAACAAUCAGGUGGAGGAGAUGCCGCAGGUGGUCAAGGAUCUGUUGCAGGAUAAGAAGGAGAUGGCCACCUACAGUGCUAAGCUGAAGCGAGAGAUUGAGGACAUUCGUGCAGUGAAGACGUCCCGCGAGACGAUGCUAAGACAGGCUGAAGAGGUCACAAGCUCCGCCCACGUCUCGUCGGUGACCCAAAAAACGAUUGCUCCGUUGGAUUUUUCGAUUAGAAAAGAGGAGAAACCUGAGGAGCUCGUAAAAAGACUCUUCGGGAGUUUUCUAUCGAUUACUGAGGAGGGUGGAGAGAUGAGACAGGCUGGAAUGGAGAAGGAAAUGGUGGACAGGGAGAAUGAGAAAUUGAAAAACAAGCUCCUCCAACUCGUGGAAAUUCAAAAAGAAGCCGAUGAGCAUUGCGCGGAGAUGUCUCUCAAGUACCAGGAACAACAGAAGGGACUCGCUGAGUUGGACAAGAAGUUCGAAAAACUCGAACAGCUGAAAUCUCGUUUCCAACCGACUCGAAUGGUUUUUGGAUUCUAA